UCAGAGAAGGAGAAUGCUAUGAGCAGCACUACGCUGUGGGCAGGUCCAAGGACGGUGGCAGUGCCGCGGACGGAGAGUGGAUUUGGCUUCACGCUGCGCCAUUUUAUUGUCUAUCCCCCAGAGUCUGCUGUCAAAGAACUGAAGGGCAGUGAAAAUGGGGGAGACACGGCUGUUGAAGAUCACAAACGCAAGCGGACCAAGCUGAGCUCCCUAGAGCCCAUGGACACAAUAUUUGUGAAACACGUGAAAGCGGGUGGACCAGCGCAGUUGGCAGGACUCAACCAAGGCGACCGUAUUGUUUCCGUCAACGGGGAGUCUGUCACUGGGAAAACUUACUCUCAAGUUAUAGCAUUAAUACAAGCAAGUGACUCCACCCUGCAGUUACUGGUAGUCCCCAAAGAUGAUGACAUACUACAGAUGACGUGUGAGUGGAAGAAAAGAAAAGGAAAGGCCUACCAGACAUCUGCCUAUAACCAGGGUCAAGAAACUUUCCAUGGCAACGCCAGUCAAAUCCCUUCCCCUCCCCCUCCCUCCCGUCUCCAUGACUACGCCCCGCCUCCACAACAUGGCAGCAGCAAGCAGCAGACAGUAAUCAGCAGCAAUAAACAACAACAGUUACAACAACAGCAGCACUAUGUGCCCGGCAGUGAACGACAGGAGACAAGUUCAGUAUUUGGUGGCAGUCACCAGCGUGGGGAGGUGAGGGCAGAGAAGCCAUACAGUGAGUCUAGCAGCUCUUUACAUCCUUACCGCAUAUACGGAGACAAUACCGCCUCCUUACAACAACAUAGACAAUAUAGUGACAGUGCACUGCAGCAGCAACAACAACAACAAAGACAGUAUACUGACAGUUUUAGUUCAUUACAACAUCAGCAAAGACAGAAGUCAUCAGUGACCUUGCAAAGUCGAGGUUCAUUGCCACAGCAACCAGGCAGAGUGUCUGAUACUUCUGUUGGCGUGUCUGUGACAUAUAGUAAACAUAAACCACCUCAGCCAAUUGGAACUGCCAAUACUUCAUUCUCAGGGGAAAGUAGGAACUCAACAACAAGUCUAAGUAGCUCUAGUUCAGGAUUUAGUCUUGGACGCGAACCUCGCACUGACUUCAGUACAUACUCACCACCAGGAUCUAAGUAUCCUACUGUGUCUCCAUCUGGUGUCAAUCAAAGUGACUCUUUUGAAAUGGAGAGAAGAAUGUACAAUGGCGGCAUUACUGCGCCUCUGCGUACAAGUCCCCAGGUGCUCUUGGUACCUGGAACAAGCUUGACGCGACACGGGGGCAGCAUGGAGAGUUUGGGGCGCUCCAGUCGCUCCAGUGACAGCGGGGGAGCACGUAGGUCACAGGACAAUUUAAUGCAGCAGGAAAAUGUUAGUAUAUCCAAUGAAAAUCUUUCACGUUCUCGCCCUGGAGGCUAUCGUGCGAGAUCUCCGCAGGUUGAACAACUGUCCAGUGUGCAAAAUCAAAGAGACAAUGUGUCCAUGCGAGAAAGUUCAGUGGGGUCUGAUGCGCCUGAACCUCGCGGACAUAGAGUACAAAGUAGAUACAAAAAGUCUUUCACUACCUCAGUUCUUGGAGGUCCUGGCGGCCAUACUGGCUUCUCUGUACCUCAGACAGAGUUUGGACAUACCUACGCACCCACUGUGCGUACAGACUUACCCAAAGCAACACAUGGCAGCACUGUAGGUGGAGACACUGCAAUAAGCGGGUCAUUUCCCCAAGACAAGCCCAGCAUUGACUCUACAGAUUCUAGCUCCCAAAGGGAAGUCAAAGGUCAGCAUAGUCGAAGUGGGAAUCGUCCAUACCAGCGACGAGCUCUCACCAGGAUACAAGAAAAAGUGAACCCUCCGCGAGAGCCUAGCACAGACUUUUCUCAAGUAACUAAAGCUCCAGAGCUCCAGAAAUUGUUACGCUCAGAUAGUAUUCAUGACUCUGAUGACCUUGACAUGGGAGAUUCUAAAACUAACUCAGGGGAUGACCUCGCUGUGAUAAGUCCAAAAAUUGUGUCACAGAAAGCACAGUUCUUUGAGCGAAAUAGUUUUGAGCAAAAAGAGGAUGUUGCCACAGACCUUAACAAGGAGACUAAGGAUAAAGAACUAAACUUUAAGGAGUAUGUGUAUAAAAAAGAAAUAGAACGAAUGGCCAACAAAGGUUGUAUUGCUAGUGUUUCCUCACGCACUGCCAAAUUUGAAGGUCAAAGGUCAGAUUCUACAGAGAGUUCAGGCUCUGGUGGCAAACCCAGGCCUCGGCUGACCAAAGGGGACAGUAUUGAGUUCAUAGAUGCUGAGGAGGACACUGCUCAGGAACCUGUCUCUAAACCUGGUUCUAAAGUAAGUGUGAGACAACAUGGAGUCCCCGUACAGCCGCAGACAUCUUUGUCAGGGGGUCAGAUUCCUUUGAGAUCUGCUGACCGUGACCAGACACCAGAUGGCGGCACUAGUCACAUGUUAAAACAGGCAGCGGCUAGCAAAAUUGUGUCAAGUAUACAACAUUACAGGAGUCAUGAGACCGAGAAACCACCUUACCCCGCAGCAGCUAGCUCAACUGCAGCUUCAGCAGCCAAGCAGUAUAUGGAGCUUGGUAAGACAUAUAGUAUGCCUGACAAAACUUUGGUUCAACAACCUCAGUCUAGACAGCCGCAGGGGCUCCGGAUACCUGUAUCUGGACGACCAGCAGAAGUGACCGCUACACAGAGACUCGGACAGUCAUCGUCAGUGCUCAGAGCGCCACCUACAUCUCAAACUACAGAACUGCCACAUAGGAGUAUUGGAAUUACGAUAACUGCUCCCCCGACAUCCCGCGGGGCUGAGAUAGGAAUUUCUUUCUCCAGUGCUUCCCGGGGACCAGAGGUAGGGAUAACCUACGCCCCCAAAACUGUCUCUGUGUCCUCUACUGCUGCUACCAGGACGGUGCCUGUGUCUUCUACGGCGCCCCCUAGGAGUUCUACUGCUGUCACACACAACAAACCCAGCGCAUUGCCAGUGGAGCGGAGCAACACAGCGCCCUCUACUGGCGGGUCUAGUUUUUACUUUCGUAGUCAUGUGCCAAUUGGAUAUAAGGAGUAUAUUACACACUUAGCAGAGAAGGAUUCACAACUGAGUCCUAGUUAUAAGACAUUAGCUGAACAAAGCCAGGUGGAGCUUCCUCCAGGAGAAGCCCAACAAGAGACCACCAGUUACCCCAAGUCAUCAGCCCGUGAUGCCCACAUGAAGUUAUCUGUAAAGGAAGCCCGGGCGCGGCUUUUCUCUGACAAUAUCUUUGCUCAGCAGGAUGCUCUCCAGUCUCGCCAGGAUGGCCGCUAUUUGAAUGUGCGUGGCUCCAGUCCUGGUGCCAGUGGAGGAAGAGCACCCCCUGUACCAGACCGCAAAUACAGCCAAUCAGAUCUGCCGCCUUCUGUGCGCCAGCAGUCACCUGACAGUGAUAUAUCAUGGCGGGAAUUCUUCCCGUCUUCGUCUGAGGCCAGCAGCACCAGGUCGAGUUUCAGCGAGGAUUCCUCACUUAGCGAGAAGAACCGAAGUGAUAACGCCUGCCGCAGGCAGCCAUCUUACCUAAGUGCCAUCAAUUCAGGACAGAUAAAAAGUCAGUUUCAGCGUACCCGCAGCUUGCCCUGGCGUUCCCGCCCCCCGCAUGAUGAUUCACCCAAAGAAAUGCAUGCUUCUCCACUUGCACAGCACACUAAGACUGCUGGACUCCUAGCCCGCUAUGCCAGCACUUCUGCCAGUUCUGCCCACCCCAGUAUCCCUCAAACUGUUCCUGCCAGCACCCCUCACCCCAAUACCCCUGGAAGUGGCCCACAACCCACCUCUACCACCACCACUUCUAGCUCAACUGUUGUCCCAAAGAACAAUUCUGUCAGCCGUGCUUUAAAUGCCAGAACCCUGGUCUCAGAACAGGGCACCAGGACACCUGCCAGUUAUAGUGGCUCAGCAGGUGCCAAAGGACCCCAAACCUCCCCAGUAUAUCACACUGGUUUCACAUCUCAGACUGGUUCCCCACAAUCCCAGACUGGUUCCCCACUUCAGACUUAUAUCCCACUUUCUCCAUCCCGUAUCCCAGUAUAUGACUCUGUCUCUGGUCGCACUUCAAAGUCUACCACCAGCAGUCAUGGAAAUGGCCCAGGCAUGGAGGGGCCACUUCAGGGAAGGAACAGUCAACAGAAGGGCAGUGUGUCAAAAGUAAAAGGGAGACCAGAGGGGAACAAAGUCCCAGGGAAAGGGAUAGGCAGGGGGUUGAAGGGGAACCCUCCUGGUGAAAUGAAUCAGCAGAAAGUACUGAUUACCACGGGGAAGGGGACACAAAGUAGUAAGAGUGGGGAACAAAAUGGUGUUUUCACCAAGCAGAAAGACCUGCCAAAGGAGAAGAAAGUGGGACAGAGUCAGAUAGGCAGUGAUUCUAAUAAGACUAAGACUGAGGCAGGUGCCCGGGUUUCUGGACAAUAUGACCCUAGAAAAGUGGGACAGAAAACUUUUAUUGUUGAAGUUAACAAACAGUUACAAACAGCGAAAAAAGAUUCUCAAAGCAUUUCAAAAACACCAGAGCCAAAGAGAAAAGAAAAAGAGAAAGCUUUGAAGAAUAAUGAAGGAAAAAAUGCUAGAACAACUGAGACAGAAGAAAGCAAUUUAGAAUCUGUUUCUGGCGAAAAGGGUAAAUCUGAAAAAUCCAAAAUCCCAGCCAUGAAAAAGAAAGAUACGAUAACAAAGUCUAAGACAGGGAAGGGACUGAGGAGAAGCGAGUCCAUGUCUGCCAGUGGGGACAGUCACAUGAUCAGGGAACUCCAAUCAAAUCAAGACAAACCCCAUGAUGCUGUCAGUAUAGGCCUGGUCUCUCCACGAUUGGCUGUCAGAGGUUUGAAGCCCCGCCCACACUCUCUGGCCACACCCUCAGAGCCUCAUUCCUCCUUCAUACCCCGCCCAGUCUCAACCCACCCCAGUGCUGGCCACGCCCACCCUGUCAAGACUGGCACUGUCCGCACCACUGGCACCACACUAACAGAUCACAUGGACUGGAUGUUCAGAGAUUCUUUAUUCUGGACUCAAAUGCCUGUCACACCACCAGAUGAAGUCCCCAGGAGCAGCGCCGUCACCAUGGCAACAACAACUAGCAGUAACACGCUGGCUGUCAGUGACAUCCUGGUGCGGCAGAAGACACCAGCAGUUUAUUGA